AUGGCUUCUAUAGUUAGUCAUUUGAUUGUUGCAUAUUUUAGGAUACAACAAAAACUACAGAAACAAAUAGCUAAAAUGAUAAAGAUUUGGUCGAUCAAAAAGGACAAUUCUUCGGCUGAAAAGAAGAAGCCGAAAGUAAGUGCUGCCCAAAUUCGUGUUCAAAAAGAUUUAACCGAGUUAGCACUUCCAGAAACAAUGCAAAUGACUUUUCCUGAUGAGCACGAUCUUCUUAAUUUCAAUUUGUCUAUAACACCUGACGAAGGUUUUUAUAGAGGUGGUAUUUUUAGAUUUACUUUUAACAUAAACAACAAUUAUCCUCACGAUCCUCCAAAAGUUCGAUGUGUCCAAAAGAUUUAUCAUCCUAAUAUUGAUCUUGAAGGAAACGUAUGUUUGAACAUUCUUCGUGAAGAUUGGAAACCUGUAUUGAAUUUGAAUUCUGUUUUGGUGGGGUUACAGUAUUUGUUCUUGGAACCAAACGCUGAUGAUCCUCUUAACAAAGACGCAGCAGAGGAUUUAAGGACAAAUCGGAAAAACUUUGAAUAUAAUGUCAAGCAGUCAAUGAGAGGAAAAGAUGUCAAAGGAGUGUAUUUCGAAAAUGUACUAUCUUGA